GUGUGGGGGCAAACCACCCCAACGAUAAAUACCUAUAAUUACAUUCGGAUAAUAUCCAAUUACAAUCUGACAGGCUACCUAAACACGCAACAGAUUAUCUCAGAACCAGUUUGUUUAACCAGACUAAAAGCUACUCAAUUAAAUGGCCGUUAACCUAAGUGGACACAAUUAAAAAUGCAUAGAACAAGCAACAGUGCUGUAUCAUACAUCACAAACACCAUUAAUAAAACAUUCUGUCACCAGCCCACAAUGCAAGCUUACUUCAAAGCAUUCUACCUUUCACCACCUGGCCUCUCCAGAGUCGACAAAGUUGCGUUUGGCAAGCUUCAAAAAAUACUCAAUGGGUCAGUAGUGCUGCGAGUAGAAAACCGCAAGCUCCUCUGAUGGUCCUGGAGGUGUAAACACAACACUCACCUUGUUUACCAUGCUCUCAUGCCCCUCCCUACCUGUUAGGAAACAACUUAAUUCGCAGGAACUUCGACGCGCAACAGAAGGUCCCACCGCUAGAACUCACAGUUUGUUUGUACAUGCGCUCUGGACACCAGCCGAACGAUUAUACUCCCUGUUAUCUUCGCGUAGUAUCGGGCGGACACUCACUGGAAAAGCUCACCUGCGAAUCCUUGCUCCAAGCAGCAGCUUUUCCUUGGCCAGCUCUGAGUUGUGUACAGGAUUUUCCCGAUGACGGUUGUGCGUGUUUCUUCGCUGGUAGAGAAACUAUUCAAUCCAUUACUGCAACAUUUUCCCAGCCAAUUAGUUCGAGAAUAUUCACUGUUUUCAAAGAUUUAUUCCGUCCUAUCAAAAGAGUGUUAAAUUUUCGGUCGCGAAAGUGUAGUUUGGUUAUGCAAAAGUUGGAGAUACUUACUGGAAUGUUCCUUACAACUACUGUAGUUUGGGUAGAGUUAUGAAACGCAAAACGUUCCUGUGAGAAGGGAAGAGCAGUGAGUGUGCGUGUUUGUUAUUCCACAGUGUAAGGGCUAGGAUUCAAAAGACCACCAUCCAAGGGCGUCGAAUUGAAAACCUCAGUCAGCAUUGUGCUCGCUAAGGAUACGGUUGACAGCACGAAAGCCUAGCCGGGCCCAGGCAAUGGAAUUAAGCUAUCCUCCGUCGGCACUUUAAUUGUUGUCUUCCUCGUGCGAUCUGUGCAAGCAGGGUGUGCGAAGCUGUGAAUAUGUGAUAAUCUCAGAUAUUCGAAAGAUGCUUUCCGUGAUGGACGCUUUUGUGUUGACACUGUUGCUCGGAGGAUUUUUAUCUCUUAAGUCGUGAAACGAGUGUUUACAGAUUGUGCACCGACUUUCAUGUGCUUCGUACGGCUCGACAGACAAUCCAACCACCAAUGUAAAGCUGUGUAUGGUGGGAAUUUAGAAAAUAAUGUAAAUUUGUUCGUUGUUUUCAAAGCAAAAGUUUUAGAUGAGUUUAAAUUAAAUUCAAUCAGAGCUGAAAGUUAGAAAAGUUUACAAGCGCAGAAAUAAUGGCCUUACAGAAAAAGUUAUCAAAUAACGAUUUCGAGCUUCUCUCGAUCAACAAGAUGAACAACAACAGUAACAACGCUGGCAACAACAGCAACAGCAACAACGAUACGAACGGAAACGGUAUUGUGGGUAUAAUUAGCACCGGCGGGGCGUCCGGUGCCAACAGUAACAACGCCAAUAACAAUAACAGCGGUAACAUUAAAAUGCCCCCGAAGAAAAUUCAAUUCUGCACGCCGGAAUUCAGCAUUACUCCAAUCGAGACGCUACCCGGUAGUACGGUGCGACCGCCACCAAAUCGAAAAAGGGAGGAAGCAAUCGUAAUGGCCAAUCUUCGAAAACGUGUUGCCGCUGUCGAUCUGAACAAAGUUGCUCCCCGCCGAAACACAAUGGCACCGACCUUGGACGAUAUCAGCAUCAACGAUACGGGGCAAACACAGGACCAACUGGACAAUCGGCCACUGCUUCCCAAGCCUGCCGGGACGGGUUCCGGCGUCGCUGGUGACCGCAAAGAUCGACAGAAGAAUGGCAACAACGACGGCGGCGAAGAUUCGCCGAAAGUGAAAAUAGUCAUGGAUAAGGAUUUUAUCUUCGAGUGUAUGUGUUGGCACAACGAAUACCGAAUGCGGCACGGAGCACCGGCGUUGAGCAUUUCCUCCGAAUUGUGUGAGUUGGCAUCGCAAUGGGCGAACCAUUUGGCCAGUACGAACGAGCUGUACUAUCAAAUCGGAACAAACUAUGGUCAGAAUAUUUUUUGCUGUCCGGCAAAUUCCCUACUCACGGAUCUAUCGGGUCAAGAAGUGGCAACCUAUUGGUACAGUACCAACCGAAGGUAUGAUUACUUCAAAGAGAGCCAUCUGCUGCACACGAACGUCAACACCGGCCACUUCUCGCAGAUGGUGUGGCGUGCUAGCAAAUACUUUGGGGUCAGCAAAUCCAUCUCCAAGACGGGCAAGCUGUUCGUAGUGGCCUACUACUAUCCGGCCGGCAACGUGAUGGGCGAAUUCCGCCAGAACGUCCUGCCGCCGAUAAUGGCCAACGAAGAUCCCCACCUUUCGCGUCCUCCUUCGAACAAAGAUCUGGAAAAUCUGAGUGCUUCCCACUGAGUAAAUAAGAAACGGUGUUCCAUUAUGUAACAUAUAAGAUACUUCCUAGUCCAGAAACUAACCGCAUGGAUUUCAUCGUUUGUGAAGAAACUAAUCCAAUCAUAUGUACAGACGCUGUAAAAAUCUCAGUUUUUUGCUACCGUUGCUAUAAAGUAGCUGUUAAGAUGGCGUAGUUAAACGAUGACAACCAAUAUAAUGAGCUUGAAUUUAACCGCUAGUAUAUUAGUAAAAAUCAUACGUACUUAACACCUAAUCACAUCACCUUAACGUUGAAUAUUGUUGCUCCAAUGAGUUUCUAGAUUUAAAGUUGAACCAACUGAAGCCAUAAGAAAGAUUCCGAAACGCCAAUUUUAAGUUGCUUACUAGACAGAUUGUCUUUCGACGCGUGAAAUGUACUUAACUGAAUUAUUUUAAUCAAUCUUCAAUGAAAUACGAGUAAUUAGUAUAGAAGAAUUGUUUACCAUUUAUUUCUAUUAGGUACUCAUAAAUUAAAACAUUUUCCUGCAGGAACUAAUGUUAUGAUGAGAUAAAAUCAUUGGCCUGAUGAAUACC